AUAGCUGGUCCCUUCUCGGCCUCCAUGGCUGAAGAUUUUUGUUCGCGGAAGCUCUCCUUUGCACCCUCCUUCCACCGGUUGACUCGUAUACCGGUGAGACAAGCGUUGGCUUCGUGUCUCCUUCACCUGGGUGAAGCGGUCUUCACCGCACAACCACCGAGCCUCACCACCGAACCUCGCCGCCGCUCCGUCUCUGAUAUGACCGAGCUAGAUCGAGCAAAAUCAUCUCAGUAGCUACAUUGUUCUUCCGGUUUCUAGAAUGGCGUCUUCUAGUCAAAUCCUCAAGUACCCUCCUCGACUGUAUGAAGAAGGAAAAUCACCUUUGCAAAAUAGAAGCAUGAACCACAGCUGCUAUUUUUCUCAAAUUGGGAAGAUCAGAGAAGGAUUAGGUCCGGAUGUGUGGGAUGAUUUGAUGAAAUCAACACUUGGAACCAGACAGAGGUAUAGAUGGUCUCCUGAACAAGAAAAAACUUUGAUUGAGUUGUUUGAUCAUGCAAUUUCCAUGACUAAUUACACUCUUAAGGAUCCUCCGCCUAUUGGUCGAGAGUAUAUGGUUGAAAAAUUUAACCUAGCAUUUAACAUGAGUAUAAGUUAUGGGUUUUUCAAAAACAAACUUGAUGAGUUUAAAAAAGCGUACAAGAGAUGGAAAGAGCUCACGAGAUACACUGGUAUCACUGUUGAUCCUGAGACAUCCACGAUUUAUGCAUCUGAUGAGUGGUGGAAUGCGCGAGAGUUGGGAUGCAAAAUAACAACUAAGUUCAAACGACAGCCGCCAGAGUAUUGGGAUGUGAUGAAACGAUGUUUUGUAUUACAUGAUGUUUCGUCGCAACCCCAAAAUUCCUCCCGACAAAGAAGAGAAGAAAUAAUGAACGAGGGACUUGAUGAUGAUGCAACACAUGAUUACUCAGACAACGAUGGUGGUGACAUGCAUCAAACACAAGUGCCCGAGACCCAAGAAGAUGAAGAAGUGUAUCGUGUCAGCGUUAAUGAUGAUACACAUCCUUCGAAUGAGUUUGUGCCUAAUACAUUCCGAGUCCCUACUAGAAGAAAUGAGCAACAAAACAGAGUAAACUCGCAGUCUACUGUCAGGCGUGGGAAUAGUUCACAUCGGUCUAGUGGAAGUUCAGGAACAAAUGUUGGAAGUGGUUCAAGAGGAAAUCGUAGACGACAAUCUUUUGAGACAACUAUACAAGAUACUAUCAGUGGCUAUAGAGAGUUCCAACGACAAAGUUUACAACAACUUCGGCCGGGAAAUUUUGAUCAAGAAGAUUAUGACGAAUUCAAAAAGGCGGAAGCAAUAUUUCUUGCGCUACAACUUCCAAAGAAAACUAAAUUCUACUGGGCAUGCAUCGAUACGCUAAAAGAAUUAAGAUUUUGGCGGCGGUAUUUCAUUGAUAUAGCUGGAGGCACCGACGAAGAUAAGAUAGAACUGUUAGAAGCUAUGACUAGUGUUUCUCGGAACGAUCAAGAUUUGCCAAAAAGAUUGGGCUCGGGCCACUCUUAUGGAGAAGAUCCGAUGAACAACACCGCCGGAAUAGGAACAGACGAGGAGUCUAUAGCUCAGCGCCGGAAGCGGCUCCGACGAGUGAGCUUCGCCGACCGGGAAAUUACUUCCGUUCACAUUUUCAACAGGGACGAAGAUUACGAGACGCCGCCAAACACCUCCGCCGCGAAACCACAAAACGGUGAUACAUCAGAGGCUGAGGAUAAAGAAAUUAGGUUUUUCGGUGAAUUAUCUGACCGCGAAGAUACUGACGGAGAUGGUGAUGGUGAAUACGAAGCUAUAUUGGAUAAAUCAUUCUUGAGACCUAAAUAUUCUCCAUCUUCAGGAGGUAGUACUGUUGGUUCUGCUACUAGUGAUAACGAGGAUAAUUUCUUUGGCCCUGUGUCUUCUCAUUUUAUCAAUCCUGGAAGAUUGUCGGAUACUACUUUCUCUGAAGAGCACCAUGAAAUGACGAUGGAUUCUACGGCGUUUUUCGAUGCAUUUUCGGAGUCUUGCGAGGUCAGAGUCUGGAGAUGUAAGGACUCCAACAAGCAGCCAUCUUCCAAACCUAAGAAGCUAUUUCCAAAAUCCCCUGUGCCAGUUGAUAAAGGAAGUGGUGGUAGAGACUCGAAUGAUAUGAGUAUUGUGGGUGAAAAUUCUCGGAAAUAUGAUUACGGUUAUAUAUCUCCUACACUAGCAGCUUUAAUGGGAGAUGGAAGCAAGGAAUUGCUUCCUGAAUAUAAUACUGUGGAAGCAAGAUCACCUAUCGAUGAUUUUUCCUCGUCUCCUCAAAAUGGAUACAUGCCCAUAGGUCAUGGUAUAGAUAGCAGUGAUGCUUGUCACCCUCAAAUAGUGCUGCAGGAAUCAGGAAGCUUACAUUACACAAAAGAGGCUUCCCUUUCCUCGUCAGCUAGUAGAAGGCAAAGUGCGUUUUUAGUUGGUAUGUUGCCUCAGUCGUUAUCUUGUGUUACUCCUUCCCCUAAACAGGGUGGAAGCUUUAUGAGCAGGGAAACUCGGGCAUUAGUUGAGAGCUUGUCAACUAUUCAGAAAAGCAAAUCCAGACUUGGAUUGAUUCCACCCUCACCUGGUUCUGCUCUUUCUCAAAGAAUUGAGAAAUCAAAGCUUCAAUUAUCCGGACACCGUUCUAUGGUUACCCCAGCAACUGGGAGGGAAGAGAUAGGUGUCCUCAGGGAAAAGCAUGCAGAUAUACCCAUUACCAACUUGGAGGAUUUGUUAUCAAAACAUGAUAAUAGAACACCAAUUUCUGAAAAGAAAAGCAUCCCAGAUAAAAGUCCAGAAGGAAAUACUUAUUCUGAGAUAGAAGGUUCACUCUAUAAACAACAACAGAGAAAUCAGACUGCCAGCACCCCUGAGAAGAUUGUGAAAUCUCUAACAAAUUCGUCAAAUGCAAAAACGUCAGCAUUGAAGAAUUUUGCUACUCGUCAAGAGCAAGAGCAGCAUAGUAAAGCCAUCGAAAAAUCUGAGACUGGGGAUGGAAAUGUGACCAAGGAAUGUGCUAGUAAUUGUUCUAUGAAUACAUUAUCUGACAAAGUGGAUUCCCUGCUUGCAGAAUCUAGCGUAUUACUUAGCGAGACAGGUUUCUUGAAUGGCUCUGCUCAACAAAAGGAGAAGGACAAUAUGCUGAACAAAAAUCAAAACAGAACCAACAUCAGUGCUGCCCAGAGUCUUCUGAAGGAUAAUAAUCACUUUAAAGUCCAUUGUGAAACAGAAGUUAUCUCAGCUGAAGACUUUCCUGCUGUAGUUACAAAAAACCUUCCUAGUACCUCUGGCUCUCCAUCUAUGGACAAAAGUGAGAAUGAGGCUUCACAUGCUAAGGGACCAUCCAGAUUGAAAAGGAAAGCAGAAGAUGUUGAUUGUGCCGUUAGAAAUUGUAGCCCCAAAGUCGGGAGGAGUACACAGUAUAUUUCGAAUUCAAUGAUGGACCACCCUGAUGGAAACAUCGAUGCUAACGAUUGCCGAAGAGUUCGUGAACAAGUGAACUGGGUAGAAAUUCCAGGAAAAGUAUCAGAAAAAAUCAAUCAAAUGCUUGCUCCCUUGGCAGAUAAGCUGAACUCAAGACUGAUAUGCAAGCUGGAAGAUAAAUUAACGCACAUGAAGAAGGUUCAUUUGUGUGAGAUGCUUUGUCUUCAAAUUCAGUCUCAGAAAGUAUGUGACGACUUGCGUGGUACCAAGACAAAGAGACGUGCUGAGAGUAGAUCAUUACUCUGCAAGUUAGCAUACGAAAAAGCCAAACUUGAGUUGCUGCACCUCAAGAAAGAAAUAAUGAUGAAAAAGUUUCAAGCAGUGAGCACCGGUGUACAAACAUCCGAAACAUUGAGGUUGAAUUGUGCCAACUUUCUACGUCAACAUGGUUUCCUUUCUACUGGCUUGUUAAGUCCUGACCAAGCUCAAGAGGUUAUUAUUACUGGCAAACGAGCAGAGAUAACACAGGAGAUCAAAGAAUUGGACUCAAAAAUCAAAAACUUGAUUCAAUGUUUUACGACGUGCGACACGGUGACAGGAGAACCGGCAUAUGCAGACACUAUUAUGAUUGCUGAAGAUACUUUGAAAAAGAGAAUGAGUUGCAGAUUCAUACGUCAGGAUAUUCUGAUCUGGAAAGUUGACAUUUUAGGUGAAUGGAAUGAUUGUCAGAGUAUUGUUCUAAACUACAGUGGCGUGUUCAACCAAAGGCUCACAUUAAAGCCUGGUCAUCCUUCAUGUGUACUAGUUUCAAACAGUUUGAGUGAUAAAUUCGUUAAGCAUUUCCUCGAGAUGAAUGUUUCAAUUGCGUUUAACUCUUUGUUUAACGCUGAAGACUCCCGGAAGAAUAUUGGUGGUUCCAAUAUAUUGUUGGAGAUUACACAGAAAACCAGUUUGCGCUUACACAAUCUGCUAGAUGUGGCUGAGGAAUUUCAUUUAGCUCAAAUGAAUAUACCAAAUUUGGUCCAAGGAAACUUUGAUUCUCCAUCAGCGGAGCAGCUACAUUUGCAGAUUAGCUUUCUUGAUUGCACAAACUUGAGUAAACUAAGUGUGAUUCUCGAUGUGACAUGUUUGAUCCAUGGGAAGUAUCCUAGUGACGUAGUUCCAUGCGAGUUACGAGAAGUGUCAGGCACAAAAAGAGACGGUGUGGUAUCAAAACAACUGAAGAUCGAGAUAGAAUCUGCAAUGGAUGAUGUUGGAGAGGGAUAUCCUCGGAUAUUGAGACUCUGUCGUUGCAUUUCCAAAAUGUUGCAAUCACAAAGAAAGAGAUGAUGUCUCAUUCAUAACACUUUCAUAUUUUGCUGCUUUGUUUUUGUAAAUAUGGCAGAAGGGCUACUAGUCUACUAGUACCUUGUGCCAUUUUUUAUCUUUUCACCAAAAGGUUUAGUUUUGGGUUUUUGUAUAUGUAGGUGAACACGUUAACCAGUCUUCCUCGUUUCGGGUCUUAGUGUAAGAUUACUUAUAAAUAUUUUGGUCUCAU